UGUAUUACGGUAAAACAUGGCGGCCUCCAUGUCACUCGUGAGCUCAGCUAGCUAGAAUGUUCUAGCACGUUCACGUUUCUGUGUUUAUAACCGGAGCAAACGUGUUUCCAACUCAGAGAGAAGAGGCGUGUGUGUUAAUUAAACAACGUCGUUUAGGAUUCCUCAAAGUUAUUGACAACAUGUCAGAAAACACACAGGGUCGAAGGUAUCCUCAGAACCUGCAGGGGGUUCUGCAGCUGGCAGUGGAGGCUGGAGCCGCCUCAGAGGGUCCCGCCCCGGUCGAACCCAUGUCAGAGGAGAGGAAGACGUGGCUCAGAGAAGCUCUGGCCGACGUCUGUAAAGGGCAGAUGGAUGAGGUGGAGCAGAUGAAGCAGUGCUUGGCGGUGCUGUGCAAAGAGGAAACGAGUGAAACGGAGAAGGAUGGAGAGGAAGAGAGGGAAGACGAGGAUGAGGAUGAGCGGGAGUCGGCCUUUGAGAUGUUGUCCGAGUUGUGUGAGAACCUGGACAAUGCUAGAGACCUGAUGACUCUUGGUGGACUGGACUUGUGCGUCUCCCGGUAUCUGUGUCACGUCCAGAGUGGGUUGCGGUGGCGGGCGGCCCAGCUACUCGCCUCAUGCGCCCAGAACAUGCCACAGGUGCAGAACCACUUGCUCAACAUCGAGGUUCUCCCGAAGCUGCUGCAGCUGACAGACUCCGACCCCAACGCCACCGUCAGAGUAAAAGCCCUUUACGCCGUCUCAUGUCUGGUCCGGGAGCAGGAGGCAGGGCUCCAGGCCUUCCUGUCCCACGAUGGGUUCUCGGUGCUGAUGCGAGGCAUGCAGUCGGACAACGAGAAGCUCAGGACCAAGUCGGCCUUCCUUCUUCUCAACCUGCUGACCUCACAUCCUGAACAGAAAGACACAGUUGUCUCUAUGGGUAUGAUACAGCAGCUGGUAUCAGUUCUCCGCACGCCACAUUCAACCUUCCAUGAACAUGUUCUUGGUGCACUCUGCUGUCUGGUGGAAGACUGUCCACAGGGGCUCAAAGACUGCAGGAAUCCUGCUCUGGGCCUGGAGGAGUUACUCAAACAGCGAACCAAAGAGCUGCAAGGAAAAGAGGAAAGCCAGGAGGAACUUGACUUCUGCGAGCGCUUGAGGCUAUUGUGUUUCCACGGUCAGCAGUCAGAUGACAACGGCAUGGAUCGCUGAGGUCAUUUGUUUACCUCAUGUGGUUUCAGUUUUGGUGUGAAAAAACAAGCAGAAUACAGUUUUGUCUGUUAGAGCAUGUUGUGCAUGUCAUCCAGAAGCUGGAUUUUACUUUGUAAAUAGCUGUACUAUAUAAAAUACUUUUUCAAGUCA